AUGGUUGACGUCCGUACCAAUGUGAUCAGAGAAGUUGAACACGACGAGGGUGAACUUAACAGCGAAGAGGAAUCUCGGGAAAGUAGUAGUGAAGGCUUUACGACAGAUGGAGAAGACGAUUCUAAUGAGGACGAUCGGAGUGAUAAGCAUCAAUCGUCAACUGAAGAAACGCCUUGGGAACGUGGACUUCGGCUUGCUCGUGAGCGUGCCAAAAAGGCCAAACUGUUGCGCCAGUCUGAUGUAGAUCUGGAGGACAAAAAACUUAAUUUUACUGUCGUGGCCCCUGAUCCCAACGAAGAUGACGCCUACGCCGAUGUUUGCGACAUAGGUCGUUCUAGUCAUACUGAUACCUUCUGGCUUAAUUACCACAAACUAGCCAUUAUUGGCUCCACCCAACUGACCUGCGAACGCAGUCUGCCCUGUGAUUUGAGUCCGCCUUCGCAGCACACAAUGGCUCGUUGGCGUAGACGACUUUCUAACGCUCGCGCAAGAUCCUCUGAUGCAUCAGCUGCCUCCCUUUCCUCCUCCACCGCCUUCUCUUCAGUCUCCUCCAAUUAUGGUUCUCGUGCUUCUUCUCUCUCCUCCCUCGCUGGUUCGAUUCUCCUCGCAGUGCCCGAUCUCGUGCUCGCAGACGACUCGGAUCGUGAGGAACAGCGCCGGCGUCAUCGCGGUGGUGGGGGAAGACGCGGGAGCAGUUCUAGAGGCAGCAGCGGCAGUAGUAGUGAAAGCAGUAGUGGUACUGGAAGUCGAAGUGGACGUCGUGCAUCAAGUAGUAGAAGCACCUCGCGCUCCUCUUCGAAGGCAAACCAGAAAAAUCAACAGCGGAAAGAGAGCAGAGGCAUCUAUUCCGCCUCCUCAUCUUCUUCCUCUCCAUCUCCUACUCCUGCGGCUCCUAACGCGUAUUUGAGGACAAGGAUUCGGUUGCCCGGGAAAGAUGCGGCACCUGUAGUCUCGCCUCGAUCGAAGGAUGAGGAUCGCACCUUGAAGGGUAGACGCCCUCCGCUAGUGUCUUACGCGGACCAGCGUCAUGCACCACCACCAGCUGCGCCUCAAAUUAGUGGAUAUCAUCAUCAACAGAACAGCUUUAGCAGGAGCGCCUUCAGAGAUGCCGAGAAUGGCUCUAACUAUUCAAAUCGGCACAGCUAUGGUGAUUCAAGUCGCUGGUAUGAGCCAUCUAAAAGGAGUCCUGACCGCCCUCCUCCGAUGCCUUCAGAGAGGCCGGUGAAACGCCCGUGGGUGGCCGAACCACCAAAAUCCAAAGUACGGCUUUUGAACUGUCUAAAAGGCUCGCAGCUGCGUCAGCGUUCUCCUCCGCCACAACCAAUAGAACCACGCCCGCGGUCGCGUCGGUCCCGCUCGCGUUCGUGUUCCGUCUCGCGCGGGAGUUCGCCGAGGGAUGAUGGAGCGGGACUUGCCACCUACAUCACGUCCUGGUCGCAGUCACGUGGUCGUCAACACCCCCCUAAACCCACCCCGCCUGAUGUCGUUCCGCCGCAGACUGUGUCCUCUCCGUCUAGGAAACGCGUCGCCUCUUCUCGCCGCAAGAGCCGUAGUCCCUUUGCGGACAGUUACUUUGGCAACCCACCAGCACCGGCUGAAGUGCCAUUUGAGCAGUCGGUGCCGCUGUUGGCGGGCGCAGUCAAUCCUGCUGCUCCGCCUCCCAACGCCCCAGCCGCUACCAAGGCACUUCCUUCCGCUUCUGCACGUCCCGGCGUCAAACUCAAGAUUGCACCUCGUGUUAGAAGUGGUCUGGUGUUGCCGGAAAGUGCAUUAGAGAGAGCACACCGUGACAAUGAUUACAAGGUCGGUGGUUCGCCUAUCUCCUCAGCCAGCAGCGGUGGCGGCGGUUGCGGUGGUCGAAAUGGUUCCCUUUCACCAGGCCGACGGGAUAAGCCCAGCCUCGCGUCUAUUAGCGCGGCAAAACGUAUGCGCCACUUGGGGUAUACUGCGGUCAGUCCGGGCGGCUUUGAAUCACCACCGCCUCCUCCGCUCACCUCACCCCCCUCUUCUGCCGCUCCUGCUCGCCCCUACUCACAAAGUCGUUUUGAUGGUCAUCGUAGUCGCACUGGUGGAGACUACCAUGAUCGUACGGACCGAUUUUCCCGGAGUGGCCAACCCCACCCACCUACAGAGCGGUAUCGUGAUCGGAGAUUACCGCCACCACCACAUGAAAGAUUCGAUCGUCGAGGAUUGCCCGACCGACGCGUCCCAUCCUACGAUCGAGGUCGGUCGGGCCGAGAAUAUAUCAGGGACUCUCGGUACGGACGUUCUCGUGGGGAGGACAGAGACGUCGGUCGCUCCUACGGUGGUGGUCGCCACGGUGGCACCACCCGUCGUCAAGGCAAUACGGCCAGAUCGCGCUCUCCCUUCGAGGGUCGAUCUAGUGGAGGGGAUGGUCAUUUCCACAGCGACAUGGCCACCGAACAACGUCUCAACGAGCUGCGUCGACGCCUCAUUAUGGUGGAUGACAAGAUUGCCGAGUUGGGUGGUGCUCCAGUCUCUGAGCGCCGAUGA